ACCGCGGUUGACGGCCGCAGUGAAUGCCUAACGUAGCACCAAAACUUCAAACAACCGUAAUUUUGCGCUCGGUUAUCCAAUUGUAGCGAAUUUUGUUUUUAUUCCACAUAACUUUUUAAGUUCUUUCAACCUGCAAAAAUUCUUCAUAUAAAAAAAUGUCGUUUAUUACCCCGAACGAGCAAUUUUUCGAUUUUACCAAACUUUGGAAGGCCAUAAAUUUUAGCUCCUCAAUCCGAACAUCGUAAAGUUUUUUUGAUUGCGUAUGACUUUUUAAAAACUAAAACUUUAACUAGGAAAUAAAUUUUGAAAAAAGAAAUAUUUUUGGGUAUACAGGAUUUUAUGAAUAACUUUGCCUUUACUUUUCACAAAACCACUUACAUUCCAAAAUUAUGGUUAUAAUCAAAGUUGUUGUCCUUCAAUAGUUAUGCAAAAUCAAAAAAAGUUUCACGACAUUCGGAUUGCGGAGCACAAAGUUAUGGUCUUCCAAAGUUUGUCAAAAUAAAAAAAUUGGUCGUUCGGGGUAGCAAACGGAAUUUUUUUUGGAUGAAGGCUUGUUGCAUAUUGAAAGAUCUUGAAAAGUUAUGUGGAAUCAAAAAAGAAUUUACUACAAUCGGGUAACCGAGCUCAAAUUUACGUUUGUUUGAAGUUUCGGAGUUACCUUAGGCAUUCACCGCGACCGUCAACCGCGGUGAUGCAUUCACCGCUUUCUUCUGCCGCGGUAAAUGAAUUCACUGCGGUUGACAACCGCAGUGAUGCCCAAAUAUGUGUAUUUUGGAGGGGGGGGGGGGGAAAUUUAUAACGUAUGUAUUUUAGAUUUUUUUUAAACAUGUGUAUUUUGGGAUUUUUCCCGACUGUUAGCUCGUAACAUAGCGAGAAUUGGAUAAUUAAAUUGGCGGAUAACGGAUUAGGAAAACGAAAAUGGAAAGCAAGAAUUUAGGGAGUGUGCAUGGUGGAAAGGAGGCAUGUUUUGGGGGAGGGGGGCUGUGACCUCAACUCCGCCGCAGUUGGCUUUUAGUUGUGGCGGCCGGACUUGCCUCUUAACUGUAGCGGUCGGCCGACCGUUCUUUCUUCCCAUCCCUUCCGCCUAACUUUCCAAAUUCACGAGUAUAUAUGUUUUUCUAAAUUCGGGCUUACAUAAUAUAACAGAACAUGUAUUUUCUGUUACAGUUUCUCGGAAAUAGUGAACCAAUUUUAUUGUAUGUAUAUUAUCAAUUUCGCUAUGGUACACACACAUAUAUCUGUGUGCACCAACUCACAGCCCAAGGGGAGGGCCACGUCGCCCAAGCCAGCAACAGAGGGCCAGGAUUGAUCGGCUGGGACACGGGCUCGGGGAAGGAGACGAGGCGCGCUUGAGCUGUGGGGAAGUCGAGCUGAAGGUACUGGUGGGGCCGAGGAGUGAGAGAUGGGUGGGGUUUGGGCAAGUUUUUGGGUGUUUUGGCGGGAUUUUUGGCGAAAAAUCCAGCCCCCAAAAAACUCUUCUCUCUCUCUCUCAAUCUCACACCUCACUACAUUGAUUAAUACCUCAACUACCAACUUCUCUCUCUCUCUCUCUCUCUCUCUCUCUCUCUCUCUCUCUCUCUCUCUCUCUCUCUCUCUCAAUCUCACACCUCUCUUCUUCCUCAUCUUUUCUCUUCGUCCGCCAUUGAAUACCAGAAUCUAGAACACCAGAAAAACGCAGGAAGGACAGGUCUGAUGCAAGAUCGGUCCUUCAAAGAGAAGAAGGAGAUGCAAGGAAGGGAAGAUAGUCUGUCGAAGAUGGGGGAUGAUGUCGAAGAUGAAGAUCUGUCGACUGAAAACGAUAAAUGUAAUGUCGAAGGAGACGAACCAGAAGAGAACCUUGCUGAUACCAUCCUCAAAGCGGAUGGUUCAUCUGAUGGUUUGUGGGGCUCGCAAGAGUGGAUGACCGCAGUUGAUGAAAUAGAAGGGGGUAUGUGAAGACCAAAAAUAUAGAUCCAUUUAGACUUAUAUAUAUUUUGGUUGUUGAUCAGCAUUGAAUGUGUUAGGGUUUACAUUUAUGGUGCUUGCAUUUAUUAUGUUUUAGGGUUUCUUGCAUGGUUUUCUGUGCUUGCAUGAAUACUUGGUGGUUCUAUCCUGAAUAUCCCUGGUGGAGGAACAUAAACAUGAAUAUCGCUUGCAUGAAUAUAGUUAACCGUAAUGAUCAUAUUACUUUUUAAAUUUCAUGAAUAUUACUUUUACGUCAUCGAAUAUUAGUUAGUACAUAUUCAUCUUCAAUAUGCAUCUUCAAAAGAAUAUUGAAGAUGAAUAUGCUUCAUCUUUAUAAGAAUAUUCGUUCACCUUCUAAUGAAUACAAAUUCAUCUUCAAAAGAAUAUUCAUUGACCUUCUAAUGAAUAUGCAUUCAUCUUUUAAAGAAUAUUCAUUUACAUUCUAAUUAAUACGCCUUCAUCUUUAGAAGAAUAUUCGUUGACAUUCUAAUGAAUAUUCGUUGGCAUUCUAUUGAAUAUUUGUUGACAUUCUAAUGAAUAUUCGUUGACAUAUUAAUGAAUAUUCAUUGACAUUGUAAUGAAUAUUCGUUGACAUUGUAACUACUAUUCGUGGACAUUCUAAUGAAUAUUCGUUGAGAUUGUAAUGAAUACUAGGUGACCUUGUAUUGAAUUCUUUUAUUGGUUGGAUUUGACUAAUUGUAUUCAUUUGUGCAAUUCCAAUGACAGGCUAUGCAGCACUAGAAGAUGAGUGCUUAAGGAAGAACUUGCAAUUCAAUUAAGUAGAUGAUUGCAAUAGCUUCUAUUCAAUAUAUGGUCAUGACCAAGGUUUUGGUGUUCGAGUAUACAACGAACACACGAGGUUGGGCAAGAACAACAAGGGAGAGCUUGAGGAAAAGUAUUGGUACCUUUACUAUUGUUGCAACAAACAAGGCUUUUCAAAGGUGAGUAUUAGAAAUCCAAAGGUCAUUAAGAAACGAUCGGAGGAUAGUAUCAUUUUUAAAACCCAGCGUAAAAGAAAAAGAAACAAGUUAAGGGUUGGGUGUACAGCUCGUGUUGCCUUUCGGUGGGAUGUCGAUAGGAAUGCAUUCGUGGUUAGUCAUUUCAACAAUAUACACAAUCAUGAACUGCACUCAAAGGAGCAUGCACAGUUUUAGAGGUCUAACAAAAGUGUUAGUGAGGCUGAAGGUCUGAUGGUUGAAGCCAAUGCGGAUGCUGGUGUUAGUUUGAGCUCGUAUUACAAGCUACUUGCUAUGUGUGCUGGUGGUUAUGAAAGUCUUAGCUUCUCUAAGAAUGACCAAAAGAACCAUCUGAACAAGCGAAGACAGAAGAACAUGGCACAUGGUGAAGCAACUUUUUUGUUGGAGUACUUUCAGAAGCAAAUGGAAAUCAAACCUGGAUUUUAUU